AUGUUGCUGUUGGCGACUACUUCUUCGUCGGCGUUUGUCCCGCAGUCGUCGUCAAAACCUUCCUUUGCCCUGCACGCCAAAAAGGUGAGCUUUAAAGAAGAUUCACGCCGAGCACUCGUGGCAGGAAUCAACAAAGUGGCCGAUGCGGUCCGUGUCACGCUAGGUCCCAAGGGACGGAACGUUGUCCUCGAACGCAACUACGGCGCCCCCGAAAUCGUCAACGACGGGGUUACCAUUGCUCGCGAAAUCAGUCUCCGGGACCCGGAAGAAAACGUCGGAGCUCGGCUCAUUCAAGAAGUCGCCGCCAAGUCCGACAGCAAGGCCGGAGACGGAACCACCACGUCCACCAUUAUGACCCAAGCGCUCGUCAACAACGGGAUGCGAGCCGUUACGGCUGGUGUCAGUCCGGUGGGCUUGAACCGAGGCUUGCGCAAGGCGGCACGAAUCAUUGCCGACGAGAUUACGGCGAUUGCUACGCCCGUCUCGGGCAUUGAAGAUCUCAAGAACGUCGCCACCAUUGCGUCAGGAUCCAUUGAAAUGGGACGCAUCAUUGCCCAAGCGGCGGACAAGGUGGGGGACACUGGCUCCACCGUGGUGGAAGAAUCACAGACUCUGAUCGACGAGAUUGAGUUUACCGAAGGUUUGACUAUUGAUCGCGGCUACAUCUCGCCGUACUUUGUCAAGGACCAGGAACGUCAGGUCGCCGAACUCGUCAACCCCAAAAUCCUCGUUACCGACGCUAAGAUCGACGACGUCAACGAUAUUGUGCCGCUCCUCGAACAACUCGUCAAGACCAAGGAUCCACUGCUCAUCAUCGCCGAAGACGUCACUGGUGAAGCACUGUCAGCCUUGGUAGUCAACAAGAUGCGUGGUGUUUUGGAUGUCGUUGCCAUUAAAGCCCCUGGUUUCGGCAACCGCCGACGAGAAUACACCCAAGAUAUUGCUAUUGCCACCGGAGCAUCCUUCGUCGCCGAGGAACUCGGUAUUACCCUAGAUUCGGUCACAAUCGACAUGCUGGGUACCGCCGAUCGUAUCGUUGUGGGUAAGGAACAGACAACCAUUGUUACGGACGGAAAACAACAAGAAGCCAUUGAUGCCCGUAUCGCCCAACUGCGUCGGGAAGAAGAAACUGCCGAAACUGAUUACGAUGCCGACAAGUGCCGGGAGCGGGUGGCCUCGCUCGGCGGAGGUAUUGCCAGAAUCAAGGUCGGUGCCGCGACAGAAACCGAGCUCAAGGACAAGAAAUUGCGUUACGAGGAUGCCUUGAAUUCCGUUCAGAGUGCCCGUGAGCUCGGGAUCGUACCUGGAGGUGGGGCCUGUUUGGCGCAUUUGCAAAUCACCUUGAAAGAAAAAAUUAUGGACGCCAUGGAAACUGAAGACGAACGUCAGGGUGCCCUAAUUAUGAUCAAGGCUAUGGCAUACCCUGCCAUGCAAGUGGCCGAGAAUGCCGGUAUUGAAGGUGCCGUUGUACUCGCUAAGAUUCAAAAUUUGUGCGAAGAAAAGGGUUUCGGAUAUGGCUGGGAUGCUGGUUCUAUGGAAUACUGUGACUUGAUGGAACGUGGUAUCAUUGAUCCGGCCAAGGUCACAAUCAAUGCCAUUGAAAACUCGGCGUCCGUCGCGGGUCUCGUUCUGACGACGGAAUGCUUGGUAACCGAAAUUCCCAUUCAAAUGAGCGAGGAGGACAAGCAGCGAAUGUUUGAUCAACAAAACAUGGCGGCCGGUAUGGGGCCCGGUAUUUCGUAA